GCUUUCGUUCAGCUCGGUCGUUCGGUUGUGCCUAGCCCGGCAAUCCACUGAUGGACCGCUGUCGUCUUCAGUGGCUGCAGAUUCGCAACUGUUUGUGUAUAGUCUGCGUGCUAUUUUGUUCCUCGGAAACAUUAUGAAUCGCCUGAGCACGUAAAUAUUCGCUCCCGAAUAAGCGCACAAGCUGCCAAGCAUUGCUUGACGGUUAACGUUUUCACUGCUUUCCAAAGAGUCUGCUAAUAUGGAUUGUAGUUUUUUCCCAAGCGUGCCAUCCUAAGUCUACCAUACACAAACGAAAUCCAAUAUACCGUUUCAACAUAUAUGCUGUUUGAGUGAUUGCACUAAAACUUAAAGCAUCGAACUGAGGUGGUACGAAGGAAGAUUAUAGGUUUAUUAUUAAACAGUGUGUUUAGUGUGUUUACUUUGUGUGAUUAAUAAUGUGUUAGAAAAUGUGCUAUAAGUGUUUGUGCAUCAGUGUGGGCAGUGUAUGUGUUGAGUGAAAGCAAAAAAGAUCGUAAAUUAACUGAUUGUUAAGUGAAACAACAAACAACCGAAAUAAGUUAUAGUUUUUGAGUAGCGCUCUAAUUGAGUUCACAUCAACCUAGUACAUCCGAUACAUUGUCCCGGUAUAAAGUCACUCAGAUUGUUUGUUCGUAGAGAUAGUGAUACACCAUCUGCACUUAUGCUCAAGCUAUCGGGUAACUCCGCAUCCGAUACCAACCCGGUGUUGAGCAGCGGACACUUCCAGCGGGAACAUGAACUUUGUGAAACCGUACAAAAGUAUCUGCUUCAUUUUUCUGGGUUUGCUAUCAGCACUGAAAUGUCAGUCAUUAGAAAGCGCAGACUUGCAUCACCUAUCGGAUCGAGAAAAAGUGGAAGCUCUAGUAAAACAAUGGGCUCCAUUAGUGUGGUUGGCACCGAAUGAAAAAUACAUGCCCGGCGAUGUUUCGAAAUUUCUUGAGCAUGUACACGCAGAGGAAGCGAAAGUGGUCACCGUUUAUCCGGGCAGUGAAAUUACAGAGCUUGAUGAUCUCAAAUACUACGACAAUGGUAUGACCAACGAACUGUCCUACUAUGACCCAGCGGACCAGCGGCAAGGACGGUUUCGCAAUAAACGCAACUUCAAGGAUUCCGCUGUAUCGUUGGAUUUACUGUUUGAUCUACCAAUCGGCAAUGAGUCCAAGAAUUGGUAUCUAGUGACCAACAGCGACAUCGAUGAGCUAAUCACUCGUAAGGAAUCCUUCAUCCACGGCCAGAAUCCGCUCAACGAAAAUGUGCCAAUCUACGCUGUGGUCAGCAUGUGCAAGCAUUCCCCCUCCGAAAUGUCGCACAAGCCCGAUCAAAGUUUGUCCUUUUCCCAACCGACCACAACGACCGAAUAUCCAUCAACUCAUCUGCUUCACAAUACAAACAAUCAGGAAAAUGAGGUAGCAUACACAGUGAAAGAACGACCACAGUUUAAGCGGAAUCCUUACGCCCCAACCCCCAAGAACAUUUUUGAACUGCAACCGAACCUGCGGCAGACGAUCAAUAAGGUAGAAAAAAGUAUCCGACUGAUACGCAAGAAGCGGGAACUUGAGGAGUCCAUAAAACUGCACGACGAAACAGUUCACAACACAGAUCUGCCGUCUAAACAAAGUGCAGAAGAUUUGACCAUAGGAAGAAGAGUUUUUAUCAAUUCCGACGACGGAAAUGGUAAGCAAAAUUUCAACUCCAACACGGACAAUUCCAUCGAAAAUACACCACGAAGUGAAGAAAAUGAAGAAUGGGAAACAAUCACCGAACGGAGACACGAUACGGAACGAUAUGGCGACGAAGCUUCGCACGAUUUCCCCCACUUUCACGUCACAUACUGGAUGUUCUAUCCCUAUAGUCAGGGGAAGGUGAUGUGCACAAUUGACCUGGGACCGUUCGGUCCAUGGCCGAUUCCUUUAAUAUUUGGCAUGUGUCUCGGCACAAAAAAAGAAUUUGGCAGCCACGUAGGCGAUUGGGAGCAUAUGAGUUUAUACUUCCGAGGCAGAAAGGAACCAGAUGAAAUGUAUGUGUCGGCUCACGAUGCUGGAGCAUUUUAUUCAUAUGAAAGGCUUACGGGAACGUUCGAAUAUCACAGCCAGGAAACAAGGAAAGGAAUUCUUCAGCAGCCAACGUUCCCCAAAACAGUCGUCACGUCUAGCAAUCAUCCGGUGCUUUUCGCCGCAGAAGGUUCCCAUGGUCUGUGGACUGCACCGGGUAAACACAAAUUCGUACGCGUUCCGCGGCUGUACGAUAUUAACGGAUUCGGUAUGCCAUGGUCAACCUGGAGAAACGUUCAGAUCAUCUACGAGAAUGGUGCUCAAGGGCGCAGCUCACUACAACCCAAAUGGAUGAAAUUCAACGGACGAUGGGGUAAUCCAAAAACAAAAUGCCAUCCACUGAAAAGGAUCGGUUUGCACAUCUGUGAACUUACCGAUGGACCAACUGGAAUUCCUCGGAAGAAACACCAUUUUAAGUGCAAAGCAUGAGGCGGACCAUACCUGCAUGAAACGCCGCUUACGUGUGAGAAUUAUUAUGUUGAUAGAAUACCAGUUCCUGGGAGUUUACUUCAACCUUUCCCACCCUUUUUAAGAGUAAUACGCAAGGAGCUCUCCUAGAAUAACUAUUUAUUUUUGUUUUAUUUAUUAUUGCUUGUCAAUGUUUCUUUUCUGAUGCUUUUUUCUGACUUUUUUAUCUACUUACGUCCUUUACAAAUGUUCAUGGCGUCCCACGUGGUCAUCUACAUCUAUCCAAAAUCGUUCCAAUCAUAAUUAAAUGCAUUUUGGUUUAUGUUGUACAUAAGACAUUGUUUCAUGUAUAGGUAAUCUUUUAUGCACUAUGCAAUGUAAAUAAACUUUUAAAAUACGAAAGAACAUCAAUAGAAAUUGUACGCAUCUAACUCAUUCCAAACGUAAUAUUGUGGCAAAUGUUUAUAUGAUUCUUGUUGUGUGUGUGUCUAUUAUACAUGAUUAAACGAUUGUUUAAAAAAUAGUAUGUAUAUUUUAUUUUAGGCAGAAAAAUUAUAAAUAUUGUGAAUAC